AUGUCCGAAAGAAACAGUGGUACUUUCACGAAACACGACAGAGGUCCGAACUCAAAUGAUAUAAAUCUGUCAGAGGAUUCACUUUCACAAUCCUCAUCUACAAAUGAUCCACUGAGGAAUUCAAAUAGAACCCUCAAGCCAGAAAUUUUGAAUAAAGAGAACAACGGGCCACAAAGUGACAACGAUACGUUUACGACGGCGGUUUCGUCAUCGCAAUCAAGCAAUACAAGUAACAGCAAUGAAAGGUACCUGAGAGAUUCCAGAAGCCAUGCCACGUACGUAGAAUUGCCAGAUAUGGAAAUAGGGAUGGAUUCUGUGAUGCAUUCCGUUUAUGAAGAUGCAAAUAAUAGUGGCAGUAGCAAUUCAGCAAACUACACAGGGAAUAGCGUAUAUCAGGAUAAAGGAAGUUCAAAAAGUUUUUCAAAAUCAUUAGAUCCAAAAUCCGCAGAAGACAGCAAUGGGACAUCAAGUACUUCAGGAGUAUCAGAUGUUUUGACAGUGGAUAUAACAAAUACUAGAUUGGUGGAUUCACCAACUGCGAUGGAUUCGUCAAUUCUCGAAGAUAACCCCAAUACCUCCAGACGAAGGACAAAUACGAAAAUUAGCCGAUCGGCAUCUUUGAUUAUACCACAACAAGAGAACUCGGAUCAGUUUAACGAUUACCGGUUUAACGUGGGAAAUUCUAGCUUAUCAUCGGAUAGUACUCCUUCAAUGAUCGAUAUGCCUCAUCUUCCUAUUGAAGGUUACAAGAAUACUUGUUCCCCGUCCACUGAAGGUGUUACAUACUCAAGUCAGAAAACAAAAGCUUUAGCUGAAAAACCAUUUGAGAAAAGACCAUUUCAUUUGAGCAAGAAUUCUGAUGGUGCAAUUUCAAAAAUCCCCCAAAGCUCCUCGCCAACGCUUGGAUCAAUACAUAAUAGCAUAGGAGCCCUUCUACUGAGCGGCCAUGAAAAUGUAUCCCCAAAGAAAGAGUUGCCUCAAGGUAAAGGUAAACUUGUACCUUAUUUCAAAGAUAUGGCAGAUAAAUUAGAAGCCCAAAAGGCACAAAGGGAACAUGCAACUGCGACAAAUAAUAUGUUACGCUCCCUUUCAUUCCAAUCGGAAAAACAAAGGCCUAAAAGCUACAUAAACACGAUAACUUCCACAAAAAUGAGGUUAACUGGUGAGGCAAAAACAUCAGAGAAUAAACACACAAAGCGUGCAAAUGUUGUACAACUAGCAAAAGGGGAUCAAGAGAAGAAAACAUUCGACAUAGAAAAAGGGCAAGAUAAUAGAUACCAUGAUGAAUUAUGCCCAGGCAGUAUCGCUAUCAUAAUGAUACUACUAUCUUUUCUAGCUCCUCCAUUUUGGAUGCUAAUUGCCGCAGGUUAUGCGGACCACGCAUUUGGGAAAAUCGAGUGGAAAUAUAAAGUUGCAAGUGCUGUUUUAGCCUUGAUUCUCUGCAUAGGUGCAAUAAUAGGCGUAGCUGUUGGUCUUGGGUACGGCUUAACGCAUUAG